UGUGACAAUAUUCUACUCGGAUUCAUUAUAUGCACACUGUAUACAAUUGGGGAAAUGGAUCUUACUCUGUGCAAAUCUGUACUCAUUUUUCUUGUGUUUUCUCCGAUAUUCACAACAGCAUCAGUUGAUCCUGAAUGUGUAGCUAAAGGGAAUAGUGGGAAUUGUCAAUUUUACAAAUGUUUUGAACAACAACGACAAUGUGGUUCGUCUGGGUAUCUUCUGGCAUUCGCAUACAAGUACUGUAACAGACGAAAGAGUUUUUAUUCCAGUUUUACAACAGCCGGGCAAAAAUCUAUGGACUGUGCGACGCCAUGUUUAACAAAAGCUCUGAUAGGAAAAUACAAAGAAUCUUUGGGUCCAGGACAGAAAUGUAAUGAGUUGAAGACGUAUGCAUUUAACACACAUGUCAAAUGCUACCAGAACUGUGUAUCUUGCGAUGUCUAUUUAUCCAACAAGGCGGCUGUGCGUAAAGUUUACAGUUCCUCAGAUCCUCUAACACUAGAAGCUUGGAAACAAAUCUCAGCGUUCGAAAAAAAGUGCAAUAUUAGUUAAAUAGUAACUAGUUAUGUAACUAAUAAAAAUAUAC